GCUACUCCUGUGACACCUGCAGAUGGGUAUAUUUACCUGCGACGUGACUCAGGUUGCAUUUUCUGUUGGUGACCGAAGUAAUGGGAGUGUUUUGGGCCUUGCUUGUUUCUGUGCUGACUGUCUGGUUUACCAAAGGCUCUGGUUUGCCGGUUGGUGGCAAGAAUGAAAUGAGUGGUAAUGGGCAGCAGAGGACAAUGGGAGAUCUAUCUCCUAAUGACUCCUCCAUGAAGAAGGCCCUUACACUUCAGCAUUCACUUGAGUCUGUGUUGCUGAGGAAGUCUAAAGAAGUCCAACUGGAAACCAAUCAAGUGGAAGUGGCGACAUCAGCUGUCUACCUGCAAGUUGUUGAAAAGGUGCAGGGCGACAAGGGCAGCAGCAGCACGGGCCAGAACGGCACCGUGGACGAUGGCAGCGCGGGCCAGAACGGCACCGUGGACGAUGGCAGCGCGGGCCAGAACGGCACCGUGGACGAUGGCAGCGCGGGCCAGAACGGCACCGUGGACGAUGGCAGCGCGGGCCAGAACGGCACCGUGGACGAUGGCAGCGCGGGCCAGAACGGCACUGUGGACGACUACUCCGCAGGCAGCAACAACGGCACUCUGGGAGACUGCGGCUACCCCAACUGCACAGUGAGCGAUUAUGACUACAAAAUCCAAAAUGUCACAGUGGCCGACGACGCAGGCGGCAACAACGGCACAGCGGGCGACUACUCUGGCGGCAACAACGGCACUCUGGGAGACAACAGCUACCCCGGCGGCAACAACAAUGGCACUGGGGGCGACGUGCAGAGUAACGACACUCCCCUUUGGCAACGACAAAGUGUGGAGCGUCAACGCUACUCUGAACGACGACGAGUAGUUAACCGUUAGACAUUUUCUGCUUGUACCUACUUUUAAUUACUGUUAAAUAAAACUAACAAAUUG